AUGAAAAUACUCCUAUUAGUGUGCCUGCUUUUAGCAGGUACUAUUUCUGGAAAGUCUCUUAAUCGACCCGGAUAUUUGCGGCUGCUCGAUGACGAUUCAAAUCUGGAAGUAGCGAACAGUAAUGAGGCGGGCGAUGAGAACCAAUCGGAAGAAUUACUUCCACCGGCGGUAGAUAGUGAAGAAGUUUCUGCUCCCCCUCCUGGUAGCGAAGAGACCACUCAACAACCACCGAGCGGUUCAGAUGAAGAACAACCUCCUCCACCGGAUGGAUCCGACGAAGAACGACCACCGGCACCUGAUGGUUCUGAUGAAGAGCGACCGCCACCACCUGAUGGCUCUGACGAAGAACGCCCGCCACCACCUGAUGGAUCCGACGAAGAACGUCCACCUCCGGGUGGAGACGGAGAACGUCCACCUCCUCCAGGUGGCGAUGGACAAUUUCCUCCUCCGGGUGGGGAUGCUGAACGUCCACCGCCGGGUGGAGAGGGACAACUUCCCCCUCCGGGUGGGGACGGACAACGUCCACCGCCGGGUGGCGAGGGACAACUUCCCCCUCCGGGUGGCGACGGACAACGUCCACCGCCGGGUGGGGAGGGACAGCUUCCCCCUCCGGGUGGAGAUGGACAACGUCCACCGCCGGGUGGAGAGGGACAACUUCCCCCUCCGGGCGGUGACGGACAACUACCACCUCCGGGUGGAGAUGGCCAGCGACCUCCGCCAGGUGGAGAAGGAAACAUUCCAUGCCCUCCUAACGGCGAAGAAUCUGGUUCUAACAUCGUUAACGUUAACGUCAAUAUUAAACUGUAG